AUGCCUCUCAUUGGGAAGCAGAUCAAAAUUGCCUUCUUUGGGAGUCUUGCCCAAGCUUCAAUUUCUCAAUUGUCGGAAUUUUGGCACGGUUUGGUCAAUAGUGGACACCCUUUCUUGUGGGUCCUAAGACCAGAUGUUAUAUUAUGUGAAGAAGGAGAGCAUGUGAUUGUUCCUCAAGAGCUUCAAAAGGGUGCAAAUGAAAAGGGACUUAUAGUUGAUUGGGCUCGACAAGAGCAAGUUUUGGGCCAUGAUUCUAUUGGUGGGUUUUUGACCCAUUGUGGUUGGAACUCCAUCUUAGAAAGCAUUGUGGCUAGAAUUCCACUGAUCUGUUGGCCCCAAACAAGCGACCAAAAUAUUAAUGCUGAUCUUGUUAGCAAUGUGUUGGGAGCUGGGCUUGAAUUGGAAGCUUGUGAUAGGUUGAUCGUACGAAGGGCUGUAGAAAACUUGAUGGGAAGUAAAAGGGAGGAACUUCAAAAUUCAAUUGAUAGAAUUGCAAAAUGUGCUCAAGAUGUUAUUGGAGCAGGUGGGUCUUCUAUUCACAAUUUGGGAAUCCUAGUUGAAGAUAUCAAGAAGAUAAAACUAGAGAGCCAAAAUGUGGAAUAA